AUGGCUCGCCAUCACAUCAAGAAAAAUGGCGUGGAGAUGCGUGCGGAUGCAGUUGCCGAUGGUAGUCCAAUGCGAGACGGCGAUAUGGCUGGAUCAAGCCAGGAUCAUGCCGACAUGCAACGUUUGGGCAAAAGGCAGGAGCUCAAGGGCACCAUAUGGAUGUUUCUCGCGACCUGGAUCCUCACCAUCCCCGUCGUUGCGUCGAUGGCUGAGAUGGCAUCUAUGGUCCCGACUGCUGGCGGUCAAUAUCAUUGGGCAAGAUUCCUCAAUCCACAAGCACAUCGAUCAGCUCCACUGACGACUUCGAAGGUAUCAGAGUUUGCGCCUCCAAGCAUGCAAAAGUUCCUGAGCUCCAUCUCCGGAUGGCUGUCUGCUCUUGGCUGGCAGGCUUUCAUUGCUUCUGCCGCGUUCCAAAGUGCGGCCACAAUCUUGACUGUAGCAGCCAUGAACUUUCCGUCGUACACACCACAGGUCUGGCAGAUCACACUAUUGACCAUGGGUGUCGGUGUCUUCGCCAUAUCCGUCAACGCAUUCGGAGCCAAGCGUUUACCACUAUUCGAGGGCGCAAUUUUAUUCUUCUACAUCAUUGGAUUCUUUGUAAUUUGCAUUCCUUUGUGGGUGUUAGCACCCAAAGCACCACUGAGUGCGGUCUUUGGAGACUUCGAGAACUACGGGGGAUGGUCAAGCCUUGGUGGUGGUGUAAUCGUUGGGCAGAUGGCGGCAUCGGCUGCUUUCAUCGGUGUCGACAGUGCCGUCCAUAUGAGUGAAGAAGUGAAGGAUGCAUCCAUCACGGUGCCGAGGAUGAUGAUGGGAACUAUUCUACUCAACGGUGUAACUGGCUUCAUCAUGGUGAUCACCUACGUGCUCUCGAUUCAAUUAGUCGAAGACCAGAUCCUUGGGACAACUUCGCCAUUCCCGUUUAUUGGCGUGUUCGCUACGGCAACAAAUUCGACCGCUGGCGGCAUCGGGAUGACUGUAUCGAUUAUUGUCAUGACACUCAGCAUGACAAUCAAUGCUACGGCCGCUGCGUCCCGGCAAGCAUGGUCCUUCGCGCGGGACGGUGAGAUCUACUUUACAAAACGAUAUCAUUAA